GAGAGAACAGAAAUGCCACUUCAUUUCAUUUGCUUCAUUCAUGUACACAAAAAAACGUACCAUAUUACUGAAACAAAAUACCUAAGGUUUUGCUGCAGUUUUGUUAGGAAACAAACGGAUUGAAUCGAAAACACAUACCAAAUUAUAAAUUGGUUGUAAUCUCCCUACGAUUGGUGUUCGUAGAAAUCUCCAGACAUUACAAAGCAAGACAUGAUAUCCUCGUAUCUACUUCUCAAGUUUGUGCAGCGUUCUAGGGCCCUACGCGUCAGGGAAGUAGAAGAGAGACGACUAGAGGCCCAGGAGAACCAAUACCAUGCCUUGAUUAAAACAAAAGACAGCUCCAAGUGUCGAAUUUGCCUUCAGGAAGGUAACAUUCCAAUUUACGGCGCUGAAGACUCCCCUGAUAUAUCUGAAUCGGUAGCAUCAUUCGCUAAUAUCAAUAUCACUCAAGAAGAUGAAUACCCGAAGUUCAUUUGUGAUACUUGUCACAAACUCCUUGAAGGGGCUAUUAUGUUCCGUAAAACUGCACAGCAAUCGGAUCAGAUACUGAAAGAUUUGAUAAAAACUGAAAUACCUGAUGACGAUUAUUUUGACCUUUCCCCGACACACGAGAAUGAUGUUGAAAACAUUAUUGAUGUCAACACCAAAAAGUUUUUUAUGGAUAAAAGAAAAAAUAAGUAUCAUUGUAAAGUGUGCUACAUUGAUUUUAGAUUUCUAGAUGAAUAUUACGACCACAUAAAUUCAGCUGAACAUAAGAAACAAAAAUCGAGCCCGAACAUACAGUGUCGCAUUUGCAAUAAAACAUUGAGGAGGUACUAUUUCAAGCAACAUUUAGACCUGCACAAGUCAGAAAAACUCUACAAAGUGAAAUGUAAAAUUUGCAAGCAAUUGUAUAGGAAAGGCGAAUACAAAGAGCACUUGGCUUCUCAUGGUCCUCAACAAACCACAUAUAUCUGUGAAGUGUGCGGCAGGUCGUUCCAUCGGAGGAAUGUUUACAAAUGUCAUUUGCAAACUCACAGCACAGAUUUUCCACACAAGUGUCAAUACUGUCCAUAUCGCGGGCGGAACUCGGGCCUCCUGAAGAUCCACAUGAGGACACACACGGGGGACUACCGGUACCAAUGCUCAGAUUGUUCAGCUCGCUUCCUCACAAGCAGCAACCUAAACCGACACAUGUCCAAGCACAAAGGACGUAACUUUGAGUGUGACACAUGUAAAAGGAGAUUCUAUUCAAAACAUGAACUGGAGCAGCAUUUCAAAGUGGACCACUUGGGCAUAAAGGAGCACAUUUGCAAUAUGUGCGGCAAAGCAUUUGGAUACAGAAAUGCUAUGAAAAAGCAUCAGCUACAUGUACAUAAGAGGGAGAAAUUCAUUGACGGCAAAGGGAGAAUGCCCUCUUAUUUGGAAGUUGAAAGAAAAAAGCAACAAGGAAUUUUAUAAAUGCUUUAUUGAGCAUUGCUAAAUGCUAAGGUGAAAAGGUCUCAAAUAGAGUAACUUUUUAUAGUGAUUAUACUGAUCAUAAAUCAAAUAAGUAAUGAAAAUAAUAAUAUGUAUGUAUAAGUGUACCUUAUAUGCUGCUAUUUUAAUGUUUGCAAGUUAAAGCUCAAUAAUAUGUAGUUAACAACAUUCCAUGUUAUAAUGUAAUAGAGUUAAUUAUCUACCUUCCUAACUAUCCUUCACUGUAAAUAAAUGGUGUGCUAUUAUAAUUAAAAUCAUCUUGCAUAUA